AUGGAGGGAGUACUCAUUUUAGGGAUCAUAUUGGGCGUUCUUAUGAUACCCAUUUCGGUCAUUUUGUACAAACUAUGCCGCCGCAUGCACGAUAAGGAUAAGGAUAAGGAUAAAGGAGGAGACGAUUUGGAAAUAGGUAGUGGCGCCCGCGUAUUAAGAGACGGGAAUAUGGUUGUUUUGGCCGGAGCCGGAGCAGCUGCCGUCGCCGGUGGUGUAGCUGCAGCGGCAGUGGUUGGUAGCGGUGAUAGGGACAAGGAUAAUAAUAAUAACAACAGUGGUGGUGGUGCAGAAACUGGAACCAACACUGCUAUAGAUGCUGGUACGUCCCAGGGUUGUUGUUGCGGUGCAGGCGGGGAUUGCGGUGGAGGUGGUUGCGGUGGUUGUGGUGGUUGCGGCGGUUAA